UCUUGUUUACAAAUGGCACCGAAUCAGCUGUUCAACAUGGCGUCCGCCGGAUUGUUUGUCUCCCGCAAUUUACGGAAUAUUGCAAGGCUGCCAGGAAACUGCAGAGCUCUCCAGACUUCCUGUGUUGCAAGGGAUGCUUCGCCUACUCAUACGGGUCAGAAAUUUGACGAGAAUGACGUCCGAAAUGCCAGGUUCGAAGUGACUCCCAGACAAACAAAUCCGAGGUGGUCGAUCAACCUGAUCAAGGAAGUUCCUCCCAAGGCAGUAAAUACUCGCAUUGUGGCUUGUGACGGAGGACCUGGAGCCCUUGGCCACCCCAGGGUCUAUAUCAACUUGGACCAGCCAGGAACUCACGACUGCAUCUAUUGUGGACUCCGCUAUUACAAGGAGGAUAGCCAUUAGCAUCAUCAUGGGAAAAGCGGCGUUAUAGAAGCUACUUCGUCCCCUCCUUUGAAGAGAGAGAACUUCCUUGUUUUACCUUUGUAGGACUGUAAAUAAUUCAGUUAAUAAAUUAUACAUUAAUCUCA